CAUGUCUGCUUCCCGUACGCCUUUGAAGCACGUGUUCCGGAAAAUCUUUUGCUUGGUAAACUCUCAAAAUGAUAGCAGCAAAUUACUUUUUAAUGUAGGGUUUCUAUUCCAACGGAAUAAUCAUCAUAACCAUACGGGAAACCAGAAGAAAUCGCAUUUGACAACGAUGAAACUCGAAACCCCCGAAUUUAAGUCCAUAUUCACCCCUGAACUGACCAAACUCCAUGACAUCUUCAAAAGACAUGGAUAUGAGUUAAGGGUAGCAGGGGGAGCUGUUCGAGACUUAUUGAUGGGGAAAAGACCAGAAGACUUGGAUUUUGCCACAACAGCAACUCCUGAGGAAAUGAAGAAAAUAUUCACAGAGGAGAAUGUCCGCCUCAUCAAUAACAAAGGAGAAAAGCAUGGAACUAUCACACCCAGGAUUGAUGAUAAGGUGAACUUUGAGAUGGAGAACACUAGACUAGAUGGGACAGUGUAUGACUACUUCAAUGGUGUGGAGGACCUCAGGAAAAGGAGAAUAACCUUUGUUGGAGAUGCAAGGCAAAGAAUUCAGGAGGACUACUUGAGGAUUCUUCGUUACUUCAGGUUCUUUGGGCGUAUCGCAAAUGAGGGAACGACCCAUGAAAAAACUACCUUGGUUGCUAUUCGUGAGAAUGCAUCUGGUUUAGAUAGAAUCUCUGGUGAAAGGAUAUGGGCAGAGAUGAAGAAAAUUCUUACUGGGAAUCAUGCAUCAGAAAUGUUAGAGCUUAUGGUUGACCUUGGAAUCACUCCCCACAUUGGCUUACCAGCUAGAGUGCAGGUUGAUGAAUUGAGGAGGGUCUCCAGAAGAGCACAGGAAAAUGGUUGGAAUCUUCAUGCAGUGACACUUUUGGUAUCCCUUCUUGCCUCAGAGGAAGAGAUGCUGGAGUUGAACAAGCGACUGAAAAUAUCUGCUUUUGAUAGAGACCUUGGGCUCUUCCUUGUGCUGCAUAGGUAUCAAAUUCUUCCUGAUGAGCAGAGGCCUCUGAGACCAUAUCAGUACAUGCUGGUGGAUGCAAAGAGAAUCAAAGACCAUCAUGCUUGGAUCUGUGGCAAAUCCAUGACUCGUGUCAUCAAUGAACUGAAAGACUUGUGGAAGGAGAGUGAUUUCAAGAUGACACAGGAAGAACUGGAGAAUCACAUCCCAGAAAUCGUUGAAAGGAUUGGAAUUCAGCCUAGAGCAAGCUGAGAUAUGUUACUCUAUUACAUUGUGUCUGUGAUUUUGGUAUCCUUGCAUUGUUCUGCACUCAAGGC